AUGUCCAAUCCCCUAAAUUAUUAAGAAUCGGAAGAAAGUAUUGCCUUUAAAAUCUCAUUAAUGUAAUACUGGUCAUCAAAAAACAUGGCAAACAUAAAAAUACCCCAAAUAGGUGGUCGUGAAUUAGAUUUUUUUAAAUUAUAUAAAUCUGUAAUACGCCGAGGUGGUGCUUAGGCAGUUUCAAAUAAUAAAAUGUGGAAAGAAAUUGUUAAUGAGUUCGGUUUUCCAUCUACAUGUACUUCAGCUUCAUUUACAUUAAGAAAUCAUUAUUAAAAAUACUUGCUAGGUUAUGAAUUUAAGUAUUUUUUUCACCAAUUAUAGAGUACUAAAAAUAUUAAAUAAGAAUCUUAAAUAUAGUCUCAUUCUAUAUAAUAAUCUAUAUAGUAGCCUAUAUAAUAGCCUAUAUAAUAACCCUAACUGCAAUAAAUAAUACCUAAAAUACAAAAUAAUUAAAUCAUACCGCCACCUUUAAGUAGCCAAAUAUUAACCCAAAAAACCCAAAUUCUGGAAUAAGCUACUGUUUAACAAAAUCCUCUACUAUAAUAACAUAUAAAAAGUCAAGUAGCCCGAGAUGUCGGCUACUUAUACUAAUUAAACGCUUAAAACAAAAAAGAAGAGAUUUUUUAUACAAAAAAAAGCCAAAUGUUACCCACAAAUUCAGACAUAAAACGUGUAGUUCUGGCGUUCGAAAGUCGCCUUUAAGACGAAAUUACAUUCGCUUUAAAUACUUUAAUAUUAUACUCAGUAAGUAACCAAAGCAACUUCACAUUGGAAAGUUAUUUAAACCUGUUUGACAAUAUAGUGAUUUAUUUAUAAGAAUGUAUAAAAAAUACUCCUUUUUUGCAUAAAAAAAAAAGACUAAUUUAAAUAUUCUCGAAAAUUAUAAUUUCCCAAUAUACGAAAUAAUCUAAAACUCUUAAAAAAGUCCUUUAGAACUUCUAAGAAAACGCAAAUUUUCACAAGUAGAUAAUUUUUGUGAAUUUUAAGGUGAAUUAACUCUUUUAGAACAUACAAGAGUUAUUUUUUUAAUAAUUCGUAAUUUAUCCUAUUCAAAAAGUAAUGAAUUAUACAUAGCCAAAAACGAAAAAUUUCUCCAAAUUACAAUCAGUCUUUUUAUCCAGAAUGAAGACUAAUAAAUCACUAAGUAUAUUUUGGAUAUACUUUCCAAUAUUUCCAGACAUAUUUAAUUAUUAUAAAUUUCAGAAUAUAAGUAUUUUGUCGAAAAAAUCUUUGAUUUUUUAAAUGCGGAAACAUCCGAAGAACUAGAAGCUUCAGUAGAAAUAAUAAGAAAUUUAAUAACUACAUAGGAAAAUGAAUAAAUAAUCGAAUAAUACCUCCCUAAAUAUAUAGAAUAAAUUACAAGAUUAAUGUUAUAAGGAUAAGGGGAUAUAAGGGAAGGUAUUUUAGAAUUUUUAUUUUUUCUUAGUGAUUUAAAAAUGA